CCUCAACAAGAGAGGAGAAUCGAUUGCGCGCCCGUAUGGAAGGAAUCGAUUGGCCUGGAACUCAAGAGCGAAGGUUGGGUGCAGAAGGUGUUGCAUAGCUAUUCGCGGGCAACCGCGGAGAGGCCCUACCGCACCAACAUACUCACUGCAGGUGUGCUGUGGUUUUCCGGCGAUGUGAUAUCGCAAAAGGCCGACGGGAGGGCGUGGAGCGACCUGGACUGGCGACGGACGGCCCGCAUCACCGCCUACGGCCUCUGCGUUGCCGGUCCGGUCUACUGCUGGUGGUAUUCGUUCCUGGAGCGCAAGACGGCCCACCUGGCCCAGCGCUCCGUGUGGAAGUACAUCGCAGCCAAGGUGGCGGCAGAUCAGCUCAUUUUCGAACCGCCCUACCUGCUGCUCUUCUUCAGCUUGACCUCCAUCAUGGAGGGGCAUACGCUCCAUCAGAUCCGAUCCAAGCUGAAGCAGGACUACCUGUCCACGUUCAUCGUUGAUUGUCAAGUGUGGCCCUUUGCCCAGGUCCUCAACUUCCGAUUCGUGAAUCCACUCUACCAGUCGUUGGUGGUGAACGGGGUCUGUGUGGGCUGGAACGCCUACCUGUCGUUCGUGAAGCACAAGGCCAUCCUCCCGCCAGAUCACAGCGAAGCCGCCAUCGGUGGUGGCAGCGUUGCCGCGCCCGCUCGACUCUCCUCUCCCAUCCCCUCCGGCGCUCCUUCAUCCCCCGUCGAGCGCUCCUCAUCGUCAUCGUAG